GAUCUCGCUUAUUUUCACCAACUCCAUCAAGGUUCCCCAAACAUGACUACUACUUCCGACAAGUCCAACAAGACGGACGCAGCUGCCUCGAGCGUCCCUUCCGACGAAGCCGCGGCUCUGAUUCUUGCUGCGCAAAAGCACAUCAAGCCGGACGAUGUCAAGGCACUGCUUGCCCCGCUCGCCCAGCAGCUCUCGAUGGGCACCGUGUCGGGCUUUGCGGCCGGCUAUGCUGCCAAGAAGGUUGGCAAGGCCGUCGCAAUGGUGCUGGCAAUGGGUUUUGUCGGUCUGCAGGCUGCCCAGUACGCCGGUUACAUUCACGUCAACUGGGGUAAGAUUGAGAAGGACGUCAAGUCCGUUCUCGAUGUCAACCGGGAUGGCAAGGUCGACGAAGCCGACAUCAAGCACCUCUACGAGCACGCCAUGGAGGUUGCUCGCUAUGCACUUCCCUCAAGCACUGGUUUUGCCACUGGUCUGGCGCUCGGUCUCAAGUUUGCUUAAAACAGCCAAACAUCAAAGUGCCUCGCGCCCUCCCCCCCAAACGCCUGAGGCUGUGUGUGUUUUCUAGAUAGUUGCAAAUUGCUGUAGUCAUUGUUGUCAUACGAUUUUGAGAUGAAAAAAAAUGGUUUUCCAAAAAAAAGCUCCUGUUCACAAAAAAUACAACAAAACAAAGACAAGAACA